UCAGUCUCUCUCUCUCUCUCUCACUCUCACUCUCCAGCUGUCUGUCUGUCUGUCUGUUUCCCCCGUCUCUCAGAGACGACUGGUGCACGUUUGGAGUGAAGAAAGUUUUCUCUUGCUGGUGGAGCGUCCUUUUUCUGCAGAGAUGUUGAGCUUCAUAGCCCUGGCUUCAAUUAUUCUUUCUAGUCUAGCUCCUCAAUCGGAAGCUAUCUGGGUUUACACCGGCUGGGAGAGACACGCUCUGGUGGGGUCGGAGGUCAGGCUGUCCUGUUCCUUCUUUUCGUGGCGCUGGCUGUCCGAUGACGUCACCUUCUCCUGGAGCUACAAGCCCGACAACGCCCGCUCCAGCAUUUCGAUUUUCCAUUAUGCUGGGGGCCAGCCCUACGUAGAUAACAAGGGACCAUUCAGAGACCGCUUGGAGUUUGUCGGUAACCCCCAGAAACGGGACGGGUCCAUCUUGAUCCGAAACCUGGACUACAACGACAACGGAACCUUCACCUGCGACGCCAAGAACCCCCCUGACAUCGUGGGGCGACCCUCAAGUGUCAAACUCCUGGUGUUUGACAAGGUGCCCGUCCGUGCCGGCGUAAUAACGGGAGCUAUCAUUGGUUCAGUGCUGGGUCUUGUCAUCUUGAUUGUGGCUAUUUACUUCCUGAUGAGAUUCCUGGUCGCGAGGAGAGUCUUGAACCUGAGUGUGAGCAAGAUAGAAAAGGGGAAGAAAGUCAAAGGGAAAGAGGGAUCUCAACAGAGACAGAUGUGGUCUCUGUUCUCUCCUCGAGGGCCCGGUCCUGUACGCCACCCUCGACCAGUCCAGUAAACUGAAAGCCGCCGGGUCGGAGAAGAAGAAAUCGGGAGACUCCAAGAAAGAUAAGAAAUAGGAUACGGAGAGCAGAGAGCUAGAUUCAGCCCAAGCAGACCAGCCCCAAACCACCGCCACCGCCGAACCCAAGAAAAAAGAGACCAAACGAGAGAGGAAGGAGAGGGAGAAGAAGGAGAGGGAAGGGGAGGAGAGGGGGACGCCCAAGAGAGAGAGAGUCGUCAUGACUAUUGAAAUGGAACUGAAGAAAGACGGGGAGAGAGGAGAGGAAGACACCGCCGGGGUCCCCAAAAAGUCUCCCAGCUUUCUCGAACAGCUCUCCAGCAAACUGAGCCCGUCGAAAAAUAACGGAUGAUGGGAAUACGCGUGAAAAAAAGGAAAUGGGUCUAAUUGCGGGAAGUCACAAAGUAAACGUCCAGCUUUUUUAUUAUUAUUACAUGUUUUUUUUUUUUUUCUCGGAAAAGCAGAUUCUUAGAUUGUAAUUCUGAAGCGUUUAUUUAACUAGGAUAGGAUCCCUUUGAGAGACGCAUCUCGUUUAUUCAAGGGGACCCUGAUAAAAUACAGCUCGUUUAUUUAUAUAUUCCUGUAACUUUCUUAAAAAGCAAAGACCAAGUUUGGUAUUUUUUUAGAGGAUUAAGAUCCUUAAUUUUUAACUCUAUAUACUAUCUGUGACUGUUUUUAUUUAGUAAGAGUAUAAAGGGUGUAAGAAUUCACGGUUGAAGAAUGCGUAAAAAAAAUAAUUACAAAAGUGUUUCGUAAUAUUAAGGGAAAUAUAAUAAGGAAGGCGUGAGUUUGGGUUUAUUUAUAAUCUCCUGAUUGGUUACUAGGUGACGUAAUGGGGCGGGGGCGGGGUAAGAGGAGGGUCCUCAUUCCUGUCGAACUCAAGUCGUAAAAUUCUCCACCAAAUGUCCUCAAAAAAAAUCCUACCUGAUUUAUUAUAAUGAUAUAAGCGACACGACCAGAACUAAAGUCGUAAACGUUUACAACCGAGCUGAAGUCGUAAACAUUUACAACCGCAAUCCAUUUGGUUUAUUGUAAACCGUUAAAAAAAAAACUCUCCAUUGAGUUAAAACGCAUUUAUAAAUACAGUCGUCCAACGUUUAAAAAAAUAAAAAUCAUUAAUAACAUUUGGGUUCGUUUUAAACUAUGGUGCUAUCCCUUACAUAAAUCAUAUCGGGGAAUGAAAAAUACCUCACUUUCCAUGCUCAUGUGCUGGCUUAACUAUCUGUGCAUCGAUCUAAAGAAUUCAGAAAUAUUCAUUGAAUGUGUAGAAACAGGAAACUCAAGCAUACUUCAGUCCAGUUAUAUAUAUAUAUAUAUAUAUAUAUAUAUAUAUAUAUAUAUAUAUAUAUAUAUAUAUAAUCAACUGAAUUGCUGUGGGGUAUAGAGGUAGGACAGUAGUUCAGUUAUAGACUCACAGCAUCUGUACACCAUCUGCACAGGACGCCUAGUCUUAGAAUGAUGACGCUAUAGAUCAAUAGAAGAACCCAGGAUUUAUAAUGCUUAAAUCCACAAUACACAUCUCUGAAUAUGCCUUAAUUGUUUUGGCACUAUCUAUCUAUCUAUCUAUCUAUCUAUCUAUCUAUGGUCUAUCUUGGUGUUGUCAGUUCUGAAUUAUUUCGUUCUUUCUCUCCCUCCUUUCUUUCUUUCUUUCUUUCUUUCUUUCUUUCUUUCUUUCUGCUCGGCAAUAUAAUUCUAAUGUAUCUAGUUAUUAAUAAAAAAAGUACAAUUCUUGGUCUUGGUUUUGAAACGAAGUUCCGGUUUAACAGUCAGCUGAUUCCAUGACGUCAAAAGAUUCCAGCUUUUAUAACGGCACUUCCUGUUUGUUGGAACAUUGGGGGCGUUUUAAAAAGAACUGUUUUCAGAUGAACAGCAUAAACGGUUUUGACGUCAUCGGAACCCAAUGAAACAAAACGAGUGUGUGGCUCAACAGCAAAAUCAGCUGUAAUUGUAAUAUAAUUACUGGCUGAGUCAAUAUAUUUAAUUCUCAAAGCGAUAUAUUUGUUAUUUAAAACCGGUAGCAAGGUCUAUUGUCAAUGCCUAAGAUCUAUUGCAGCCGAUAUGGCGAAACCUUCAUAGAACAGCACUCUAGUAUACAAAAUCCUAUCUCAGUAAAAAUCGGACUUUAUUCUUUCAAUUAGACCCUUUGAAUCAUAUCACUCCAGUACAGUCAUUGUAAUCAAUGUCUAUUAUAAAUACAGCUUUGAUCAAUUACAAUAUAUUUAACCGACUGCAAUAUCUAAACCAUUUCUAUCCAGAUUUGAUACAGUUAUAAUAAUAAUAAGCAUCUUUUUUUUUUAAAUGACUGAAAGCUAAAAUGAAGUCAAGAUUUUUUUAAAAAAGAAAGAUGCACGAGAAAGAAAAAAACAUGUUGAAAAAAAAAGACGUUGGCGUUUACUAUGGACUUAAAUACCAAAUAAAAUACAAUUUAAAAACAAAGACGAUUUGAUUACCCAAAUACAUUAUUUCUAUGAUAUUUGCAACGCAUUGGGUGCUCGUCUCACACAGAGAAACUAGUUGAGGAAUUGUCUACCCCCUCCCCUCCCUCCCCUCUCUCCCCCCUCCCCUCUCCCCUCCCCCCUCCCCCCCGUUAUAUUUUUGCAGUUUUUCUUACUGAAGAAUAACGCGGUCUUCCUCUUAGUACUGAAUGUGUCUGAACGAAACAUAAGGAUUUAUCAACUGUCAAAGCACUGCAUUGCAAAUAUCAUACAUAACCAAGGGGAAUGGUAAACGCAUUGGACUGGUAUUUGAAGGUGACCAGUUUCUAAAAAGCGAAAUUAUUUGAAGAAAAUAAAAAGGUCUGUUAGCUCUCUGCUACUGUGUAGAACUAUUUUGUUUUUUAAAUUAAAUAUUGUACUUAAAAAGACGGAAAUGUAUAGUCUGUAUAUUUUUUUUUGUUUUGUUUUUUUUGAAAGACGGAUGACCGUGAAAUGUUUCGUCUCUGAUUCACGCACCAGUUUUUCUUAGGAAAAAAAGAGAGGCCAAAUGAUAAAUAUAUAGCACUGGCCAGAAGUUUUGCAUCACCUAGAAUUUUACGAUUGCGACAUCUAUCUAUCUAUCUAUCUAUCUAUCUAUCUAUCUAUCUGUAUAUAUAUAUAUAUAUAUAUAUAUAUAUAAUUUAGAUAUUUGAUUUAACAUCAUGUAAUCAAAGACACUACAGAAUGAUAUAGAUUAAAAAGUCUAACGGAAGAUAUAUAAGCCUACAGUAAUAUUUCAUGUUAGAUUUUGAAAUGUCACAUUUUUCAAUGUGUCGGUUUUGAUGGAAAACCUACAAAGGAAUGUAAUUCAAUAUUUUGACGUAACAUUUCUCAGCAGGUUUCAUUGGAGUUUAUGAAGCAGAAUUAGUUCAAUUCUAUAGGGCGAUGAUGCAAAACUUUUUGGCCGUAGCUGUGUACGAUGGCUUUCUAAACUCUGUGUGUGAAUCAUCGGUCAAUUAAAAAAAGGAAAAAAAAAAUAGUUUCAAGGUCAUCCGGCGUUGAGAUAAUAAAUAAACAUCUUGGAAGUCUCCAGACUCUGGAGAACUGGGCUGGAAUUAAAUACACGUUAGAACAGCAUUGUAGACAUUGAAAGUAUUAGUGAGUCGACGCCAUGAACGUUAGUUUGAUUCCAGCCCUGACUUUAUCAGUGUGUCCGUCGCUGAAGUUUAAGAUCUAUCCAGUCUUAUCAAAUAAACUGUCAUUAAUUUGUCGUUGCUCCUUUAGUUUUAGAAGCAUGACUAACCUGUAUUCCUGUCCGCUGUCUUUAUGUUGUUAAAUAAAUAAAUAAAUAAAUAAGAGCAAAAACAACUCAUUUAAUACAUAAAAAAUGGAAUCAAAUAAAGUAAAUAUCUUCAAAGUA